AUGGCGCCCCAAGCAUUGAGUAAUCGAUUCAAUAAGAUGUUAUCCUUGCGCGUUCCUGCUUCCACAUCCUUCGAUUUCCGGAGGUUCAACGCCGGCGCUUUAGAGCAGCGAUGGAGGCUAGGUAGAGAUUGCUUCCCCUCUCUCUCGCCGGGUUUCGUGGAGAAUCGUAGAGGAGUCGGGUUCGGAGUCCGAUCUACCAAAUCAGAGAUGGCGCCGUUUACCGCGGCGGAGGAAGAAACUCUGCCGGAGGGACUCCAGCCGGAGCUGAUGCCGAAGCACGUGGCGGUUAUAAUGGACGGAAACGGAAGAUGGGCGAAGAAUCGAGGUCUUCAACCUUGGGAUGGUCACAGAGCCGGCGUUGAAGCUCUGAGAGAGAUCGUCGAGCUUUGCGGUAAAUGGGGAAUCCAAGUCCUCACCGUUUUCGCCUUCUCUACCGAUAAUUGGAUUAGACCAAAGAUCGAGAUUGAUUUCUUGUUGAGUUUAUUCGAGAGAACGCUCAAAUCAGAGCUUGAGACCUUAGCGAAGAACAAUGUUCGGAUAUCGAUCAUCGGAGACUCAUCGAAGCUUCCGAAAUCUCUCUUGAAAUUAAUAAACGAAGUGGAGGAAGCCACAAGGAACAACACGAGGCUUCAGCUAAUCGUAGCCGUUGGUUACAGCGGGAAGUACGAUGUUCUACAGGCCUGCAGAGGCAUAGCGCAGAGAGUGAAAGAUGGUGAGAUCGAAGUUGAGGAGAUAGACGAGAGACUGAUCGAGCAAGAACUUGAGACCAACUGUACAGAGUUUCCUUACCCGGAUCUACUGAUAAGAACGAGCGGUGAGCUAAGAGUGAGUAACUUCUUGCUGUGGCAAUUGGCUUAUACAGAGCUCUUCUUCGCUCAAGAACUCUGGCCUGAUUUUGGGAGAAGCGGUUUUAUCGAAGCCUUGAUGUCGUUUCAGCAGAGGCAGCGACGCUUUGGUGGCCGUAAAUCUUGA